CAACAGUGCUAUAAUUCGCUACCCAUGUUUAAUAGUAGCAGGAUAGUUUGCUGUUAAUUUCAAAGAAGAUGAAGGAAAUAGACGAAGGUGGCAAAGGAUAUUUAGAGCAGGCGAUUCAUCCCGAUUUCCGUUAUUUUGCUGUGGGAGAAUGGACCUUCUCAGUAUGGCGUCCGUAUGGGCUUGAAGAACCGGGCGACUCUUGCGUGGCGGUGGUGGGGGUUUGUGGCGUGAACGCGCACCGUGAUCCUUACGUCACUGAAGCGCCCUGGCUCGCGGAGCUACUGGUAGUGCUGGCAAGAGAGGAAAAAAAGAGAAAUAAGUAUUAUAGUAAAGCACAUCCUUUAAUGUAGCGGAUUGCCUUUGAUAACGGUCCGUCCGCAACACAGGAGUACGGCGCCGUGCUUUACCUACAACUGGAUAAACGGGAUAUGUGAGAAGAAGAUCACAGAACUGACGUCGGCCUUCUGUAGUCAUGGAGUGACCGGAUCUUCUCCCCAAUCAGCCCACUUGCCACGUUAAAGCCUCCUGAAAACCUCCUCUUUGAACAUGAAAUCCUCCAUUCUGUCAUUCAGCUAAAGCAGACUCAGAGAAGAGGGUGAAAAUCAAGAGCACAGGAAAUUCACGGGUAUCCUACCAAGGGAAUAAAUACAUAUCCUUGUCUUUUUUAGUUUUUUUUUCUUCCUUUUGUUCAUUUUCCGUUUCCACGGGAACAAAGGUAGGGUGUCCACCCCCCCCUCGAGUCCGCCACCAUGUAUGGCAGUGCCCGCUCCGUGGGCAAGAUGGAGGGGAACCACAGCGGGGGCAGUAACCAGAGCCCCGGGCGCUCCCCGCGGCUGCCCCGCUCGCCCCGCCUGGGGCACCGCCGCACCAACAGCACGGGGGGCAGCGGGGCGGGGGCGGGCGGGGCCGGCGGCAAGACGCUCUCCAUGGAGAACAUCCAGUCGCUCAACGCCGCCUACGCCACCUCUGGGCCCAUGUACCUGAGCGACAACGAGGUGGUGGCGGCCCCCGACCUGCCCAAGAGCACCAUGACGCUGGGCCGGUCCGGCGGGCGGCUCCCCUACGGCGUGCGGGCGGCCGUCAUGGGCAGCAGCCCCAACAUCGCCACCAGCACCCCGGGCUCGGUGCCCAGCGACGCCAUCGCCUUCGGGGACCACCACAUGCCCUCCAGCCUGGCGUCCACCGUGCCCCACUCCCUGCGCCAGGCCCGGGACAACACCAUCAUGGACCUGCAGGCGCAGCUGAAGGAGGUGCUGCGGGAGAACGAGCUCCUGCGCAAGGAGGUGGACGUGAAGGAGAGCAAGCUCAGCUCCUCCAUGAACUCCAUCAAGACCUUCUGGAGCCCCGAGCUGAAGAAGGAGCGCGCGCUGCGCAAGGACGAGGUCUCCAAGAUCGCCGUGUGGAAGGAGCAGUACCGCGUGGUGCAGGACGAGACCCAGCACCUGCAGAUGACCAUCCAGGCCCUGCAGGACGAGCUGCGGAUCCAGCGGGACCUGAACCAGCUGUUCCAGCAGGACUGCAGCAGCCGCCCCAGCGAGCCGCUGGCCUCCGAGCUGACGGAGGAGAACUUCCAGCGGCUGCACUGCGAGCACGAGCGGCAGGCCAAGGAGCUCUUCCUCCUGAGGAAGACGCUGGAGGAGAUGGAGCUGCGCAUCGAGACGCAGAAGCAGACGCUGAACGCCCGCGACGAGUCCAUCAAGAAGCUGCUGGAGAUGCUGCAGAGCAAGGGCCUGUCGGCCAAGGCCAGCGAGGAGGACCACGAGCGCACGCGCCGCCUGGCCGAGGCCGAGAUGCACGUGCACCACCUGGAGAGCCUGCUGGAGCAGCGGGACAAGGAGACGGGGGCCCUGCGCGAGGAGCUGCACCGCCGCUACGAAGGAGCCCCGGAGUCCGCCAAGACCAAGGCCCUGCAGACCGUCAUCGAGAUGAAGGACUCGAAGAUCAACUCUCUGGAGCGUGGGCUGAGGGACAUGGAGGAGGAGAUCCAGAUGCUCAAGUCCAACGGCGCCCUGAGCACGGAGGAGCGCGAGGAGGAGAUGAAGCAGAUGGAGGUCUACCGCAGCCACUCCAAGUUCAUGAAGAACAAGGUAGAGCAGCUGAAGGAGGAGCUGUCUCAGAAAGAGGCCGAGGGGGCGGAGCUGAGAAAGCGGGCGGCUGACCUGCAGCUGGAGGUCUCAGCAAUCGACCAGGUGAAGCAGGACCUGUCCAGGAAGGACACGGAGCUGCUGGGGCUGCAGACCAAGCUGGAGACGCUCACCAACCAGUUCUCCGACAGCAAGCAGCACAUCGAGGUGCUGAAGGAGUCGCUGACCGCCAAGGAGCAGCGCGCCGCCAUCCUGCAGACCGAGGUGGACGCGCUGCGUCUGCGCCUGGAGGAGAAGGAGGCCAUGCUGAAUAAGAAGAGCAGGCAGAUCCAGGAGAUGUCCGAGGAGAAGGGCACCCUCAACGGGGAGAUCCACGACCUGAAGGACAUGCUGGACGUGAAGGAGCGCAAGGUCAACGUGCUGCAGAAGAAGAUUGAGAACCUGCAGGAGCAGCUGAGGGAUAAGGAGAAGCAGAUGAGCAGUCUGAAGGAGAGGGUGAAGUCCCUGCAGGCGGACACCUCCAACACCGACACCGCCCUCACCACCCUGGAGGAGGCGCUGGCUGAGAAGGAGCGAAUCAUCGAGCGUCUGAAGGAGCAGCGGGACCGAGACGAGCGGGAGAAGACCGAGGAGCUGGACAGCACCAAGAAGGAGCUGAAGGAGCUGAAGGAGAAGGUCAGCCUGCUGCAGGGAGACCUGUCUGACCGUGAGACCUCCCUGCUGGACCUGAAGGAGCACGCCUCCUCUUUGGCCUCCUCGGGCCUCAAGAAGGACUCCAAGCUGAAGAGCAUGGAGAUCACCCUGGAGCAGAAGAAGGAGGAGUGCCUCAAACUGGAGUCCCAGCUCAAGAAGGCUCAGAACGCGGCGGUGGAGGCGCAGGCCAACACGGAGCUGUCGGAGCGCAUCGCCUCGCUGGAGCGGGAGGUGGCGCGGCACCGCGAGGACGCUGGGAAGGCCCAGGCCGAGGUGGACCGGCUGCUGGAGAUCCUGCGCGAGAUGGAGAACGAGAAGAACGACAAGGACAAGAAGAUCAACGAGCUGGAGAGGCAGAUGAAGGACCAGACCAAGAAGGUGGCCAACCUGAAGCACAAGGAGCAGGUGGAGAAGAACAAGAACGCCCAGCUGAUGGAGGAGGCCCGCAAGAGAGAGGACAACAUCAACGAGAGCUCCCAGCAGGUAAAGGAUUCCUUGCGGCAUAAGGACGACCGCAUCGAGGAGCUGGAGGAGGCGCUGCGGGAGAGCGUGCAGAUCACGGCCGAGCGGGAGAUGGUCCUGGCUCAGGAGGAGGCCGCUCGCACGCACGCCGAGAAGCAGAUGGAGGAGCUGCUGGCGGCCAUGGAGAAGGUGAAGCAGGAGCUGGAGUCCAUGAAGGCCAAGCUGUCGUCCACCCAGCAGUCCCUGGCCGAGAAGGAGGCGCACCUGACCACACUGCGGGCCGAGCGCCGGAAGCACCUGGAGGAGGUGCUGGAGAUGAAGCAGGAGGCGCUGCUGGCCGCCAUCAGCGAGAAGGACGCCAACAUCGCCCUGCUGGAGCUCUCGUCCUCUAAGAAGAAGAAGACGCAGGACGAGGUGGCCCUGCUGAAGAGGGAGAAGGACCGGCUGGUGCAGCAGCUCAAGCAGCAGACGCAGAACCGCAUGAAGCUGAUGGCCGACAACUACGAGGACGACCACCUCAAGGCCUCUUCGCAUUCCGAGCAGACCAACCACAAACCCUCUCCAGAUCAGAUCAUCCCCCCUCUUUUAGACCUCAAUCAGAACCGCAGUAAGCUGAAACUCUACAUUGGCCACCUGACCGCCUUGUGCCACGAGCGAGACCCCCACAUCCUGCAGGACCUGGCCCCGCCCACCGCCUAUCACCGCAGCGACCGAGCAGCUUGGGAGGACGAGCUGCAGAAGAUGAGUCCGGAGCAGCUGGAGUCGGAGCUGGAGCAGUGUGAGAGGGAGAGCGCUGAGCUGCAGGAGUACGCCAACUCCGUCCUGCAGCAGAUCGCCGACCACUGCCCCGACAUCCUGGAGCAGGUGGUCAACGCGCUGGAGGAGUCGUCCUGACCCCGCCCUGGCUCCUCCCCCGGCCCCGCCCUCUUCCCACCACCCUCUCUCUGCCUCUCCUCCGUUUCCGUGCAUCCCUUCAGAUUCUGAACACCUCCUUCUCCCAGCGUCCACACACACACGCACACACACACACACACACACACACACACACCAGGGGCCCGCCCCGCUCCCUCUCCCCUGCCAGCCGGAGGGUGAGUGCCAAACCCCAGGACAGGCAAGCAGCCCGUCAGACGGUAGCGGAAUGAUCCGGCGAACUUGAGUACGCCGCUUGGCACAACACUAAACAGCACCUGCGCUGGGCGGGCUUUUCCCUCGCCCCGUCCGUCUGACUGGCUGUUUGCUGCGCUCGCAGAGGGAGGGGGGGCUGGCGCACGCCUCCCCAAACGGCUCCGGUGCGCACACUCCGCCCAUCCGCCCCCGCCCCCGCCCCCGUCCCCAAAACGGGGAAACCAGGUCACCCAUCCAAUAGGGACAUGUGAAGGCGGAGAUCCUGGAACUGUAAUAUCCGCUCGGUCGCGCAACAGACACCCCCAGAAUGUGCCCUUGCAUGUCCGGUUCCAACAGGAAUGUUUUUAGGUAAGGGGGGAACAAAAAAACAAAAAAAAAACAGAAGCAUUUAAUGUUGAGAGCACAAUGAGGUCAUAACUGCAGGAUGUUGAAAAGGGUUUCAACCUGUUUUUUGUUUUUUUUUUCCUUCCUUUUUUGGGAGGGUUUUGGGAGUUUGGGUUACAGUACGUGUAUGUAAUGGGUCACUCAGCUGGUAAAAGAUUAGAGUCAAUUAAGUUUCAUUCUAGGGUUCUAAUUUGAGGAACGAUUAUUCAAAUAGCCAUACUCCCUGCACCCUGUCUGAAAACAUAACCGAGUGAACCUUAGAGGCAAACCAUUGGCGUGUACUUUAUUUUCUUGUUCUUUUUUUUUUGUUUGUUUUUUUGGCAUAACCUUUAGUAUAUGUAUGUGUAAAUGAAAGUGUGAUACACUCCGGUUUCGCUGUCGUACAGUCUGUCAGGAAUGCAUUUUCAGCAUUACGGUCACUGCUAAGAGUACCCUGAGGGGUCAGCCAGGGGAUUUUCAGCUGUAGGCGUGUUACAAGAGCGAAUGGUAUUAACAUAAUGACUAAUAGUGUAUUUAUCACCACGUCGUCUUUGAAUCUUGGAAACUACGGCUUCACUUGACUGUCUUUACAGAGUUGGAAGCUGAAAAUGAGAUGCCUUUUAUUUUGACAUUUUUGCUGCUAUUUCUUUACUGUCAUUGACGUAGUUAGAUUAUCUUUUUCUCCCCUAAUGAGAACUUAACGUAUCAGGGCAGGUAGUGGGUCAGUGAUUCGCUAGUGUAUUUGGUCAGGGGGGGGAAAAAAAAAGGUCAACUUCACUACAUUUGACACCAAUUUAUGUGAUUUCCAGACAGUUUUUAACACUAAGACAGAUGCAUCUUGUUUUAGGAGGAGAGAAAUUGGAGCCAUUUUGAUUGGAGUAGAGAACAGUCCUUGGGUAAAAGUAGCUCCGCAGAGUAACUGAAGGAAGAGUGGUCUCACUUUGCCUGGUAUUCCCAAAACUCACUCAACGGAAUGGUGGUUUAGCUAACCAGUCAGUGGUGGAGCGUGUGCUCUCCACCUUUGAAUGACAUUUCUGAUCGCACACACACUCAUCCACCUGUAAUGAGCACAAUGGUUCACACACUGGUUACACACAGCACAUACCCUACAACUCACACUAUGCAACAUGCAUUGAUAGAGAAGUGGGCGUAACCACUGAUUCUUUAGACCAAUCAGAUGCUACUCAGCAAUUUUCUUUACACUGAAAGUUCUCUCUGAAACAUUCCAAUUUUUAUGCACAUUCAUGAAGGGGUGUGUCCUUGGGCACACCUUUUUAAUGAGUACUCAUAAACUCUAAUAAAGCCCUGUAGACUCCUGUUGUUACCCAGAAACUCGUGCAGUUUGGAGGUACAAAGGAUGGGAGAGAAGCAGGCAUUGACCGCUGUUCUGAAGAAUCUGUGGUGUAACCCUCUAAAUGGCUGCCUCAGAGAGGUGACAUAAUUCCACGUGAUGUCACCCCAAAUAAAGCUUGUAAUUAAACUAUGAUGCCAGAGGAUGAGUCACAGCAGUGCAGAGACAGAAAGGUGUCCUCCCACCAUACAGGUGAAGUGAACACUCUUUGAUCUCCCUUAUCAAAACCACCCCUCCUAUUUCUCUUAUAAACAACCUUGAAGCUCAGAAACGCAGCACAGGCCAAAGGGCCACGCCUUUCCUUCUCAAACUAACGCACCGGGCUCACACAGGUCUGUUUCUGUCCUCUCUCACAGGAGUGGAGCCUCUGUUCAUUCUAAACAGAAAUGGUAUUGAGUGUAAUAUCCACUCCCCUGGUAGGCUAGACUCUUCCCUGUGAGCAGGCCUCCUGCAGCCCGCUCGUGUUCUCCGAUGCUAACGUGCUUUAGCGGCUUGGCUAAUUAAACGGGCGCGUCUCCGGGCCUCGAGUGCUGAUCCGGAAUGCACCAGACGGGUUGCUCACCGACCUUCAGCCGUGACUCAUCACGCCGAAGGAGUCACAGCCAGACGAGCGCAUGCCUCGGCGAUGACAUCAUGCCCUAGCGCACACAAACCCCGAUGCCCUGCCCGUGACCCGCUCGCUCCUCAGAGACCGCUCAGAUAGCGUCCGCAGCUCCACCAAACUCUGACCUCCCCCCUGGGCAAAGCCUGAGAUGGGAACGGGAUGGGCUCGACUGGAAAACAAAAACACACCUGCUCUUCCCUGGAAACGCAGUGGAGAGCUAGCGAUUAAUGGGUCCAGACAAGCCAUCCACCGUCAGAGCAGUUAAACAGUAGUGCUCCCUGAUGGAUUUAAGGACUUUCUGUAUUGUUGCCACAUUACGCGAUAUGAUGUCAUACAGUGUCUGUUCCUUGAUAUAAAAUAGAUUUUUUUUUUGCAGCGCACUAUCCCAGUCUUCACUGUAGUGUACCUUAUUAAACGUCUUUAGGGGUGAAGUGGGAUCCCCACAUGGUGUUCUAUAGGAGACAGCAUCGGGGUACAAACUGUUGGUAGCUGCCUGGGCAGUACCAUGGUACAGACUCUGAAUGGAGGGCACUGGCCCGUGCCGUGGCCUGGCGCUCGGGCGGGAGCCCUGCGUGUCUGGCAUCUGGGGCAGAGUCCCUCGUCCCCGGGCCCCGUUGGCCGCUGGUGCGCCGCCAGGACGUGACAGCUGCUUAUCAGCUCGCCCGUGGCUCUCUUCCCUUAAUCUCUUUAUCGUUUUACCGCCCUUGUGCUGCAACAGUAACUCAAUAAACAAUAAACUACGUCCUUCCACGGGUACACAUGCAGGCUCCUGUGCUAAUUACAGUCACGCCUGUAAUAAAAUUCAUUUGGGAACGUGGAGGUGGCAGUGCAGGGGCUCGGUUUCUGUUUGGAGGAACAUCUUUCCGUUGUCAUUCCCAGGCACAAGUGCUCUCCGCUUCGACAGGUUCGCACUGGCAGCUGUAGCCCAUCGUCUAGCUGUGAAGACUCUCAGAUCUGUGAUGGUGGAGGGUAUAGCCCAUCCCCUUGUUGUGUAGGCUCACAGAUCUGUGAUGGUGGAGGGUAUAGCCCAUACCCUUGUUGUGUAGGCUCACAUCUGUGAUGGUGGAGGGUAUAGCCCAUCCCCUUGUUGUGUUGGCUCUCAGAUCUGUGAUGGUGGAGGGUAUAGCCCAUCCCCUUGUUGUGUUGGCUCUCAGAUCUGUGAUGGUGGAGGGUAUAGCCCAUCCCCUUGUUGUGUUGGCUCUCAGAUCUGUGAUGGUGGAGGGUAUAGCCCAUCCCCUUGUUGUGUAGGCUCACAGAUCUGUGAUGGUGGAGGGUAUAGCCCAUCCCCUUGUUGUGUAGGCUCACAGAUCUGUGAUGGUGGAGGGCAUAGCCCAUCCCCUUGUUGUGUAGGCUCACAGAUCUGUGAUGGUGGAGGGUAUAGCCCAUCCCCUUGUUGUGUAGGCUCUCAGAUCUGUGAUGGUGGAGGGUAUAGCCCAUCCCCUUGUUGUGUAGGCUCACAGAUCUGUGAUGGUGGAGGGUGUAGCCCAUCCCCUUGUUUGGCAUCUGUUUCUUGUUCCCCCUAUGAGAUCCAGGGUGGAUUAUCAGGCUGCCAGUGGGAGCCAGUGACUCCAACACAGCAGACUAAACACAAUCUCCCACAACCCCUCAAAUGUAUGCCCCCGCAGUGCUGGAAGGCAUGAGCGCAGACGGUGGGUUGAGCCUUCCUCACGAGUGCGCUGAGAGUGCUGAAGGGGAUUCCUCACGAACCCGCUGAUAACCUGGAGCAGAUCCACCCCCGCACAGGGUGUCUCCCACCCUCCCCGCUGUGAGCAAGCCUCCGGAGAGUUCUCUCUAGAACGGCCUGCGUGUUCAGGCACGGAUGGGUUCCAGCGAGACGGCAGGUGGGGGUGGAAGUGGGAGUGGGGCUUUUUUUUGGGGGUGGGUUGGUCUGUGUUCGUGUCCAGAGAAGGACUGCGGGCCCUGUUUUUUUUUUUUUUUUUACGGGGCUGUAAUUUGCGUAAACGGUGUGGGACACGCCCAUUUCCUGCAUGGCCAGAUCCGCCUGGAGCUCCCGCUCUCUCUCUCUCGUCUAAUUAUUAUUAUUGUUUUUUCCCCUCAUUGCCUUUGCUCCCAAAUUAAGAACUGCACACUAUUCUGACUCUUUAAGAGCUAAAGAAAGGAAAAUGCACACUGUGACAGAACCGCGAAAGCGUUUCAUGUUCCUUAUAAUGGCAACGCUGAACCAUCGCAGCUUAACGGUGAGCGAGCUUAUCUUCCACGUGACUGGCAGGGGUCUGUCAUCGCACCCUCGAAACAGGAACCGAAGGAGCCCAGCUGAACCCCUGAUCUCCUCAGUGCUGGUGCGCUUCAGUGUGUACAGAGUGCUCCUUUGAGUCUGUGGGAUAAGGCACUUUAUUUUGGGAGAUGCGUUUGUUUACCGUUCUCUCCGAAACCUUUUUGCACCCUUCCCUGCCGCAGAACGACACGCCGCUGAUCACGCUAGCGGGAGCAGCCCGCAGCGGAGCAGGUCAGGGCUGGGUUAUUUGAGAAGGGAUCAGCAGGCCCCCCAACACAGCCCAGGUUAAGAACAUUGUGCUCUGGUGCUAUAAGUUAGGAUCAGUGGAGAAAAUGAGAUUUAUACAGAGACAGUGUUCAGCUCAUUUCAACACUACCAACACCCACGGAUUUCCCAGCAUCCUUAAGGAGCUGCGGACAGAACGUUCUGUAUUUUCAUCCGUUCAAGUUUGGGUUCCCUUGUAAUAAAAAAAAGAAUGUUUUAACAGAUAAAAUGCACAAGGUCAGGGGCGUGGCAUGCGGGGUCAUGUGACUCUGACUCUCAUCCUGUCAUAGGUGAAUACAUUUCCUUUUAAAUCCGUACAGUAAAAAAAUAAACCUAAGUAAAUGAACCAAUGAUGUUGUAAAUCGUGUAAAACAAGACAAAAAAAAGAAGAAACUCAAGAAGCGGUGAACCUGGUUUUGUGUGUCUGUGGUCCAUAUUGAGUGUUCCGUUGUCUCGGUCCCGUUUCGCAUUCUCUCGUGGAUCUCGCCCCUUCCCCGGCGAGGCCAGCGUAUCGAGUCCGUCUGUCUGGGGUCGAUGGCGAACGCUCACUUCUUGUGCAUUUCAUUUGGGGUUUGUUUAAAAAAAAAAGUUUGGAGUUAAUAAAAACUGAAAUGUGUUGACAGCACAAUUAUCCCUGACAGUCAUGUUUUAAAGUAUACAUAUGCAUAUACAUAAAUAUAUAUUUAUAUAUGAGUACAUAGAUGGCUAGAUAUAGUUAAAUAUAAUGUUUUGCACAGAAUGUCCAAGGGGUAGGAAGAGAUCCCUCUGAACAAAAUGGCUACCCCCCCCCCCCCCCCCCGUCUUUAAAGAAACGAAAGAUUAAAACAAUAAUAGAUGUCCGAAAACCUUUUUUCGUGUCAAAACAAGGUGUAAACACAAAGAUCCUGAAACCGUUACCAUGUGGUUGAAAAAGUACUGUCCUUGGUAUAUCUCUGUUUUUGAUUUCUAUACCUUUCAUUUGGUUUUUUUGUUCUGCAGCCUGUUUAUAAUGUGUGUGUGACUCUGAGAUUGCGAUGUUGAAACUACAGCGUGUUUUUUUAUCUGCAAACGUGUGUGUCUGUCCUGGGAGGGCUCCUGCCUUCACUGUGUUCCUUUAGGGGUUAACGAUGCCAAGACCUAUGCUUAGACUGUGAUGCCAUUCUACCAGGGUUGCUGUUCAAUAUGCAUACAUUCACAUGUAUAUAAGCCUUUAAAAAAAAGUCCAUUUGGUCUUACUUGCUGUCAUGCUGUAAAAAAAACAGAUGAGUAUAUAUUAAUUAUUCAUUUUUCUCAUAUUCAUUGGCAACAUCAGCAGCAUUUAUCUUAAAAAGGUGUAUGAAAUAGUUUUUCGAAUCUGACAUUUACUCUAUCUUUACAUUUGUUACAUACAACCUGAAUUGUUAAGUUAGAAAUAACGGUAUUGCGUUUUAGUUACCAUCUAACCAUAAAACUGCCUAAAAAAAGUGUGGUUAAGGUAUGAAAUUCUGCAGUGCCAAGAAACUCUGUGCUGAAAUGUGCCACAAGUUUUCACCUGCCUUUUUAAUCAACAACCAAAGUUUAGAAAAUGCUCUUCAACCUUCCCGCUCUCACGGAGUGUUCGAUACAGAGAACGGAUCUCUGACUCCUAGCCGCAAGCAGUCCGUCGCCCUCUCCAUUCACCUGAAUCGGUCGCAGUCACCUGGGUGGAUGUUCAGUCACCUGGGUGGAUGUUCAGUCACCUGGGUGAAUGUUCAGUCACCUGGGUGAAUGUUCAGUCCCAUCGCUGUAAUAAGACAACACUUAAAAAUAAAAUAAAAAUGUAAAAAAUAAAAAAAAAAUGUUAAAAAAACC